GUUUGUGUUAGUUUGAAUAAUAACAGGGGUGGAUAGUACCAAAUGCUCCACGAACACCAGAGCUUCUCGGGAGCACAGGUAAUUCCAGUGAUUGGGCUUCAGUACCAGCUGGUAAUGCAUACGGGCUCCAGGAGUUACUGCUGCUUUAGUUACCUGGCAGGAUAACAAACGCUAAUUCUACUAGUAGCAUUUGUGCCCAUAUCAUGAUGGGCUUGUUACUUGUGUUCUAGGGGAAAGAAAAGAUAGAUCUUAAUAGAACAAUGGGACUUCUCCCCUGACUGCAAAAGCCAAACUGUAAAAGAUACUGGAGUAGCACUGGGCUGUCAUGGCAGGGGACAAAAAGUCUCUGUUGACAGGUGCCUUCUCGUACAGUAGCAGAGGUCUGUGUUGGGCAUUAUGGUCAGAUUCCUUCUUGGAUAACAGCUCUGUUCUUAAGACAUUUUAGCCAUGACUAAGAGAGAGGCAGAGGAGCUGAUAGAAAUAGAAAUUGAUGGAACUGAGAAACAGGAAUGUACUGAAGAAAGCAUCGUUGAGCAAACCUACACCACAGCAGAAUUUGUGAGUCAAGCUAUUGACAUCAAUGAACCAAUUGGAAAUCUUAAGAAGCUGCUGGAACCCAGACUGCAGUGUUCCCUGGACGCACAUGAAAUUUGUCUCCAAGAUAUCCAGCUGGACCCGGAUCGAAGCCUUUUUGAUCAAGGAGUAAAAACAGAUGGAACAGUGCAACUCAGUGUGCAAGUAAUAUCUAGGCAAGGGAUAGAGCCCAAGUUAAACAUCCUUGAAAUUGUGAAGCCUGUGGAGACUGUGGAGGUAGUGAUUGAUCCAGAUGCUCAUCAUGCAGAGGCUGAAGCUCACCUUCAGAGUGAUGCAAAUUAUGCUAAAAACACAAUACAAAGGUCAGUUACACUCAGAAAAAUACAGCAGUUGCAAUAUUCUGUUCAAUCACAAUACCAGUGUGAUUCCCAUUACUGGUCUCUGUAUAAUAUGCUCACCAUCACGAUGUUGGGUGUCCCCAGUUGCUGCGAAGAAAGACACCCAGUGCAGUGGUCGACAGACCAGGUGCUCCACUGGGUGGUGUGGGUAAUGAAGGAGUUCAGCAUGACUGACAUUGACCUCAAUGCGCUCAGCAUUCCCGGGCGGGAGCUCUGCAGCCUCAGUCAAGAAGACUUUUUCCAGCGCGUCCCACGGGGAGAAAUCCUCUGGAGCCAUUUGGAGCUUCUUCGAAAGUAUGUGUUGGCUAGCCAAGAACACUCUGGAGAAAUAGCAACUGUUACUAUUGAUCAGCCUGUGCAGAUUAUUCCAGCAUCUGUACAGCCUGCUACCCCAACUACCAUUAAAGUAAUAAACAGUAGUGCAAAGGCAGCUAAAGUACAGAGAGCUCCAAGGAUCUCUGGGGAAGAUAGAAGUUCCCCUGGGAACAGAACAGGAAACAAUGGCCAGAUCCAGUUGUGGCAGUUUUUAUUAGAACUUCUCACUGACAAAGAUGCUCGGGACUGUAUUUCUUGGGUUGGUGAUGAAGGAGAGUUUAAAUUGAAUCAGCCUGAACUGGUUGCACAAAAAUGGGGACAGCGCAAAAACAAACCCACUAUGAACUAUGAGAAGCUUAGUCGGGCUUUGAGGUAUUACUAUGAUGGAGACAUGAUCUGCAAAGUGCAAGGCAAGAGGUUUGUGUACAAAUUUGUCUGUGACUUGAAAACUCUGAUUGGAUACAGCGCAGCAGAGUUGAAUCGGUUGGUCACAGAAUGUGAGCAGAAGAAACUAGCCAAGAUGCAGCUCCAUGGCAUUGCACAGCCAGUUACAGCAGUGGCAUUAGCUACAGCAUCACUGCAAACAGAGAAAGAUAAUUAAGCACUAGGACCUGAAAGCGGGAGCCUGAGCCCUUUCCUAUAUAACCAGAGCAGCUGCUGCUCUUACCUUUAUCAGAAAUGGGAACUUGUUUUGUUUCUUGACAGUACAAUAUAGAGCAUGAUUUUCUAUAAAGAACUGGGACUCGCAUAAAUUUGAAUCUUUUAACAGCAUAUAUUUCAAUAUAAGUUAAGGGAUCAUCACAACUUCUGCAACUUUGAGUCAGGGCCUCUAUGGUAUGCAAUCUGAAGUGGGUGAGAAAGGUUGAACUGGUCAGCACUCUGUGUCCACAGCUGUACAAAGUAAUUUUUGCAGCGCUUUUAACAAAAAUGAAGUACCUACAGCAAGCAGGCUGAUCAGUUGUCUGAACUCAGUCCUUUCCAGUCUUUUGUUCUCUGCUGAACUACCAAAUGGCAUUUGAUGCUUUCAAAGUUAAACGUUUUCAUUAUUCUUAUUUAAUCAAGCAGAGCUGAAAGACACAUUAAAUGUUACAAAGCAUCAGGUUCUUAAAAUAGCUACUGUGUUUAUAAGCAAAGGAAACUAAGACUAGACUGAACUGAAGAUUAGUGCUGAAGAAGGAGAUAAAGGUUUAGAUCUGGCUUAGGUGAAAAGCCAAUUAUGAGUAUUUCAUUGUAAUAUGUAAGACAGUAUGCAUAUAUGAGGGCAAGUACUUACCUGUUUUGAAAGACAUUGUUAACGGUAGCCAUUUAGCAAAAAGUGAAGAUAAACUUCUUCCUCCACUACCACCCCCAUCAGGUGAUUUGAAAACUUGAAAAAAUAGCCCUCACCCAAAGAGUAGGUUGUUUUGGGGUGGGGGGGGUUAAUGCUCUGAUCUGCAAGGUGCUUAUACCUGCACGGUAGUCAACCUUAGUAACUGAAGACUUAAGUUAAUCACAGUCAGUAGUCCCUGUUUAGAAACAAAAUGCAAGUUGAAAAUAGUUUUACAGAGAACUGAAGUUUAAUGCCCAAAGUAUUGUACAGUCUGACAUAUAUUAAAAUACAAAGAUGUAUUUUUUAUUUAAAAUUAAUUUCUUUCUGAAUGUGAAGUGAUGUUUUUGAAGCUUCAUAAGCCAAAUGCAUGCUCCAGAGCUGGGUGCAAUUUGAAGUCUGGAUGAUGAAUAGAAAUAAUUGGAAUGCAUUCUGAAUUCUGAACUACGGAGAGUACUUCAUGCAGACUUAUACAUGCAGUAAAAAGUAGGCUGCUAUUUUUGAGCUUCUGUACUGAUACCUAUUAGACUAUUUCUUUUGAUGGCUGAAAAUGAUGCAAUAUUGGUUUUGCGUUUGCCCCUUCGUGUUAUUAAACAGUAUAUUAUGUUACCAUGCAUGUUUUCCAACUUUUUGUAAGUGAAACCCUCUCUGGUAACACUUAACAAUUAAAAUGCAAAUGGAUAAGGGAAAACUUUUAAUUCUGUGAGGGAUUGAGCUACUCUUAAACCUUAAAUCAAAAGUGUUUGUACCGUGAGGUUCUAAACAUGAAAUGUGUUUAUACUGAGUAGUGAGAGCACUGGACUGUUGCUCUUGAUCCGAAAAAGAACAGUCAUGCUUGCAGGCAGAGGGCAAAGAACACAGAAGACUCAUGUUCAUUUUAAAGAUGCAUUGAGGACAGAGCUUUUUGUCUAUAGGUGGAUGUUCAUCUGCAGAUAGUUUAUGCUUAACUAGAAAUCUUGCAUGUAGUUCUAGCCUACUUUUUUCAUCAUCACCAUGAUUAUAAAUUUUUUUUUUGCCAGAUUCUUUCAGUAACUCUUAAUAUUGUUUUCAUUCUUGAGCUCUUAAAGCACUCCAUCUACUGAGCAUGCUGGUUUUAUUUGGUUUUUAAAAAAUCUUAAGCCCUGAGCAAAAUAUGUAAAUUCAUCUGUCAUGAGAGGUCAACCAUCAGUCCAUUUAUUAUUGUUACAGUAGUCUGAUUCCACCAUUUGGCAAUUGUUUGAGGUCACUUAUGCAAAUAGAUGCAGAUUUGAUUACUAAGAAUAAGAUGAAGCUGAUAGUUCAGUGCCUGCAACUAUGUAUAUAACACCACUCCAUUACUAAACAGAAGUCCAACACAAGUCACUAGUUUUAUUUAGCAGAGUUCAUGAGAGGCCUUUUUAGUUAAAACACAGUAUGAAGAGAAGAGAAGCUUAAGAUACCAGCUUUCUAGAUCAAACUGGACUGUAGGAGGAUAAACUAACAGCAAAAUUGAAAUGUAGUAUCAAUACUUUAUUCCCCUUAGUGUUCUUCUUACAUGAUAAGCCCUCUAGGGGAAACUUCUGAUAUCACACUUUCUUUGUAAAUACAUCCGAUUAUUAUUUUGCAGCUUUUCAGUAGGUAUGAUAGUCUUUUGGGUUCUUUGUUGUGGGAUCAUCUGCUUUUCCACUGUGUUCUAAUUAGUAAGGAAGGAUUCUUUCAAACAGUAUAAAAGCACUGUCACAUUCUCUGUAGUUGAGGGGGAAAUCUGUGACUAACUUGAUGUCUUCAAUAAAAUAAAAGAUGUAGAAUAUAUUGUCAAAGGCUGUUCUGUUGCUGCCAGAAGGAAAGCAUAGAAAGAAUAUUCCCAAUUUUUUGUAAAACAGAAGGUUUUUUGCAUACUUUUUACUCUUUAAAUAAAGACACUUAUACUCUGCUAAUAUGUAUUUCUUCUGUGUUUUGCAUUUUUUUGGUAAUUUUACAUGAAACAAUUAUUUUGUAUUUUUACUCUGAUAAAAUAUUUGUGCAUAAAAUGUCAAUAUAGUAAAAUAAAAAUGUUAUACAGCUAA